UCGCGGUGGUACGUCUUCUCCGUCAGCAUGGGUUUACUCACAGGACUCUGCACUUUCUUGUAUCACUUACCUCAGAUUUACAAAUGGCUGCUCAAGCCGUACUAUAUCACGUCCUUCCUCUUGACCAUCUCCUUCGUGGUGGUGCGAAAGACUCCAGGUCUUUGCGAGCACCUGGUGACCCAGCGCGAGGACGGCAACUCCUGUGACUUUGACUGGAGAGAGCUGGAGAUCCUUAUGUUUCUCAGUGCAAUAGUGAUGAUGAAGAACAGGAGAGCUAUCACAGUGGAGCAGCACAUUGGGAACUUGUUGAUGUUCACCAAAGUGGCCAACUGCAUCCUCUUCUUCAGGAUGGACAUUCGGUUUGGCAUCCUCUACCUUGCACUGUGCCUCGCAUUUGUCAUGACCUGUCAGCCACCUCUCUACAUGGGCCCAGAGUACAUCAAGUACUUCAGUGACAAGACCAUCGAUGAGGAGCUGCAGCGGGACAGUCGUGUCACAUGGCUUGUUGAAUUCUACGCCAACUGGUCCUCUGAUUGUCAGUCGUUUGCUCCCAUCUUUGCAAACCUUUCUCUCAACUACAACUGUGCUGGACUCCGGUUUGGGAAGAUAGACAUUGGUCGCUAUGAAGAGAUUUCAAAAAGGUACAGGGUUAGUACUUCUCCUCUGGCCAAGCAGCUGCCUUCAGUUCUGCUUUUCCAAGGAGGACGGGAAAUUAUGAGGCGUCCAAUGGUGGACAGUAAAGGUAGAGCUGUAUCUUGGACCAUGAACGAGGAGAACAUCAUCCGAGAGUUUAACCUCAACGAGCUCUUCCAGAAAUCCAAGAAGCUGAACAAAAGCCGUGGUUCGAAGGAAGAGGAGCAGAAUGGCUCUCAGCCACAAGAGGGCGGCGAGGAGCUUCCUCCUGACACCAACAAUACGGAGCAGCCAAAAGAGAGCAAGAAAGACCAGUGAAGAGGAGAAGGGAUGCAUCAAGUCUUUGCUUUGCUCUUAACAUUUCCAUAACUUUCCUUCUUGUAACAUCCUAAUAUUUUGAAUUGAAGGGAAGAAAACAGGCUCCACUACCACAAGAAAUAGUCUCUACACUGUAAGUCUUUAUUGUGGGAAAUACCCAUAAACGCUGAUCUUAUUUAAACGAUCUAAUUGUGUAUGAUGCAGAUUGAAGCAGCAGUGAUUUUGGAGCAUUUUAUUACACUAA